AUGCAAACUGCCUAUCUACGCGCAGCCAUCUCAGUGCGAUCUCAGCAAAUUGCUGCACUUGAACGUGAGGUCCAAAUCAACCGCAUGAUCCUUUCGUCUCCGAUACGGAGGCUGUCACCCGAGCUUCUCGCGCAUAUCAUGGUCCUGUGCAUUUCGACCACUCGCUGCGCUCCUCGCCAUGCUCUUGCGCUCGCGCACGUCUGCAGGUCGUGGCGCGCAACGGCUUUCAUGAAAGCCGACCUCUGGACGCGUCUUAGCAUCAGCUGGGCACAAGCGUGUCAUGCGGAUGCUAUCGCUCACACUGCUGCGUGGUUUUCGAGGGCUCGCUCUCGACCUAUGUCUUUUUCCAUCUUCAAGUAUCGCGAUUUCCUGGAUUUCUGCCGACCUCCACCAUCACUCUGUCCGCUUCUCAAGUUCGUGCUUCUACAACACGAACCACAACUUCUCGAGCUUCACAUUGCUCUUCAUGUUCUGUGGCUUCCCACUUUUCUUUCCUGCGCUCGGGGGUCCCUCCCUAUGUUGCGGAAGCUCCAUCUCGACGUCCAGUACACUGCGCACUACAUCUCGAAAGGGUUCUAUUUCCCACUCGACGCUCUUCCUCGGCUGCAGACAUUACACGUACGAGGCGCCAACAUGCUCAUUCCGAGCCAUGAUCCGCUGUGUAACGUCCUAUUGUUACCGUGCGCGCAGCUGAAAAACCUGCAGCUGGACGGCGUGAUGGGAACACAUGAAUGGGGUGAGAUCUUCCUUGAAUGCACGUCCCUCGUCCGCGCCAGAAUCAGCUCCUUGAAAGGACGGGACCCCCCGCAAUGGCCAUCGAGUGAUGGCGCUGUACCGAGCGAGGUAGUCGUCUUCCGGCAUCUCACGCAGUCAGAAUUGUACUACAAAGAGCUCCCGGGCGCUGUCCUGAACGUUGCGCGCUUCCCUGCUCUCACUACGCUUAUCCUCGGAUAUCUUCCCAAAGCACGACACGGCGAAAUGGUGGAAGAUGACGAAGCAACGUGGACCGUGCACCGCGGUCUCGCGCAGCACUUGAAGAGUCUGACUUCGCUCACGGUGAUCGGCUUUGAUUUCGAGCACCCUCAGACCGAAGAUGCGUUCAGAUAUAUUCUGCAGAGUCUCACCCUCCUCACCCACCUCGCCUUCGAGAGCUGCACCUUGUGGUCCUUGGAUAUCCUCAGCUUCCUUACCACGCCAGAUUCCGUCCCUCUCCUCGAGGAGCUCCUUUUCUACAACAUGGAGAUAAAGGAGAGCUUCCUUUGCUCGCAAGAUGAAUUGGAACUUCGUAAGGACAUCUGGGACGUUGCGAUAUUCGAGGAAACGUAUGCGUUCAUCGAGAAGUUCCUGCGCGAGCGGGGCCUCGCAGAAUCGUCCCGCCUUCGCCUCUUCCAGUUCAGGCUCUUAUCCUUCGAGGAGGACAACGUUGAGGACGAGUUCGAGCUGGCACUUCGGCGCCUCGUGUGGCUGGCAGCGAGGUGCUUGACAGAGAAGGGGCUCGAGAUAGAUCUCGACGCGAUACCCAUAGAUAAAUUGGAUAUCAUUCCCGUGAACUCGGACAGUGAAUCGGAGGACAGUGCGACGCGUUCCUUUCCCGUUGUUCUUCAGGACUGA